AUGAAAUUUCUCCAUUGGACAUUCUGCUCCUUAGUAGUACAUUUUAAAGCUGUGGACUUGCCUUUUGUAGUUUAUAUUCUUCUAAAUCUCACCAUCAUUUCAUUUCUUCUGACAGAUGCCUUCAAUAUUUUUUCAUUGGACAGCGUCAACAAUUAUUACCGGAAAUACUCGGCCAAUCAGAAAGUAGGCUCUUUCCACUAUGUUCACAAAACUCCCUUUGGCAACUACUCCUUUGUCUGUGCGGAUGCCACUCUGACUCCAGGACCCAAGAGGCCAUACAAUUUCUUUGGUAUUCUCAACCAGACUCAAAUGGACUUGCUGGACACGUUCAGAGCUGAGAGUCUGAAAAGCAACCAGUCGAUCUGGUUUGGCCACUACACCACCUCCACUGUCGUCUCCCCGCCUCCAGGAGUUCGGGACAUGAUGAGAUCUGCAGUUGCAUAUCUGUGCGGCCACCUGCACACACUUGGCGGCCUGAUGCCCGUCCUCCACAGCCGACAUCCCCAGGGCGCCCUGGAGCUGGAGCUGGGUGACUGGAUGGACAACCGCAGGUACAGGGUUCUGGCCUUUGACCACGACCUGCUGAGCUUCUCCGACCUGAGGUUUGAGCAGUGGCCUGCCGUGCUCAUCACCAACCCCAAGGACGCACAGUAUGUGCAUCCCGGUGUGGAGCCGCUGGCUCGAAUACGAAGAUCAACACACAUCAGGAUCUUGGCCUUCUCCAAGGCCCCAAUCAAAGCGGUGCAUGUAAGCGUAGAUGGGAAACCUCUGGGGAAAGGCCACGCAGCUGGAGGGCCUCUCUAUGUUCUGCUGUGGGAUCCAUCUCUCUACCUCACUGGACUGCACACCAUCAGAGUUAAAGUGGAGGUCAGGGCUGCACAAGAAAUCCUUUUUUUAUUGUUAUGGCGAUAUUAACUGGCGCAAUAAACACAUCCUGAAAGGCUGCGACAUUUCUCAAAAGAC